UGACAGGGGCCAAACAAACAUCAACCAAGCUUCCUGACUCUCGUAUGUGUUUGUCACAUGCAGUCAUAGAAGAGCUGUUCUCCAGUGAAGUCUCCAGCUCUUGCUUUGCACGCGCGCGCGCGCGCACACACACACAUAGCCUGGCUGCCUGCGGAGAACAGACUUCCGCAAGGCAGCCUCCCAGAGACAGCCAGAGUGCUCAGAGGGACGGAGCUGCUGGAGAGCGCCUGGGAAUGGCUGACAGCUACAUUGAGGAAUCGGAUCUCUUUCCUGAGAAAGGGGAGACUCUGGAGUGGGGUUAUGAAGAAGGAGUUGAGUGGGGACUAGUCUUUCCUGAUGCUAAUGGAGAAUACCAGUCUCCUAUUAACCUGAAUUCAAGAGAAGCAAAAUUUGACCCCUUGCUGUUGGAAGUAUGCUUAUCACCAAACUAUGUUGUGUGCCGCGACUGUGAGGUCAUCAAUGAUGGACACUCAGUUCAGAUCCUCUUAAAGUCCAAAUCAGCGUUAGCUGGAGGACCCUUGCCUCGGGGGCAUGAAUUUGAACUGCACAAUGUCCGGUUUCAUUGGGGGAGAGAAAAUCAGCGGGGCUCUGAACACACUGUUAAUUUCAAAGCUUUCCCUAUGGAGCUCCAUCUAGUUCACUGGAACUCCACAAUGUACCACAAUAUUGAUGAAGCAGUGGGGAAGAAGAACGGCAUAGCCAUUAUUGCUUUAUUUGUGCAGAUAGGAAAAGAGCAUUCAGGCCUGAAGGCUGUUACUGAAAUUCUGCAAGACAUCCAAUAUAAGGGAAAGUCCAAGACAAUACCGUGUUUUAAUCCCAACACAUUAUUACCAGACCCCCUGCUACGAGAUUACUGGGUGUACGAAGGCUCGCUCACGGUUCCCCCCUGCAGCGAAGGUGUUACAUGGAUCUUAUUUAGAUAUCCUUUAACCGUAUCCCAACUUCAGAUAGAAGAGUUUCGAAGACUGAGGACACAUGUUAAAGGGGCAGAACUGCUAGAAGGCAGCGAUGGAACACUAGGAGAUAACUUUAGACCCACACAGCCACUAAGUGACAGAGUCAUAAGGGCUGCCUUCCAGUAGCAAAGACAAACAAUGGAAAUAAUAACAAUGUAGGCUCUCCAGUAAAGAUGACUGGAUGUGGAACACACUGUUCCUUUCAACUUCAGCUUAGACAGCCUUCAGAUUGCACUGAACUCAGAUGAAUUUUAGCCUUUAUCGGAGCAACUUCUGUUACCUGUGAAGCUGUUCUAAGUUUGGCAGACCUUUGGUACCCUUCUACACUACUUGCUCAGUUCCAAUUACAAAUUUCCACCAGCUGCUGGUAACCUCAAGCACCCGAGUCAGUCGUCCAUAGCCUAGCCCAGGAUCUAGAAGUUGCCCACUGCAUCUGGAAGAGGACAUCUUGUGCCUGGUUGAAUACUUGAUUAUUACCGUACUUUUGCUGGAGGAGAGCUGAAGGAAAAUGUAUCUUGGAAUCUGUUCUCAUAUAGGAAAAGUCCAAGUAGUUAUUAUAUCCUUCUCAAGUGUUAUUUCAGUUAUGUUACUCUUUAUUUUACUUCUGCAAUCAAAUAAUGGAAGCAUAGACCUGAAGGUAAUUUGAGGCAUCUACAGGUAUGCAGAAAGCGAGGAGUCACUACACCCCGGAAAAACAUUUGCAAUUUUUUGGCCCCCCCACAGCUAACCCAUUCUGGGGCCAAUCUGCACUAUACAUCUAAAGCAGUAUUAAACCACUUCAUGGCUCUCCCCAAAGAAUCCUGGAAACUGUGAGGUUGCUAAGGGUUUUAAGAGUUGCUAGGAAACCCCUAUUCCCCUCAGAGAGCAACAAUCCCCAGAAGUCCCUGGGGAAGAGGGGUAUUUUCCCAUGUAUAACAUGACCCCAUGUAUAAGACUAUUUUUGGAAGCCCAAAAUUUAAAAAAAUUAAAAUUAAGAAAGUUGUGGAAUAUAAGAUGAACCCCAAUUUAUUACUAAAAAAAUUAAGAAAAAAUGGUUGUCUUAUACAUGGAAAAAUACAGUAAGCCACUUUGAAAUUGCAGCUCUGUGAGGAGAACGGGAAUCUCCAACAACUCUAACCACCCUAAUGAACUACAGUCAUGGCUGUUUAGGUGGUAUAAUACAUCUUUUAAAGUAUUUUGCCGAUGGGACCCUAACAUCCUCUUGAAAACAGGAGCUGAAAAGUGUGUAGUAAAACCUGUGUAAUGCUGGUAAAUAUAUGACUCCCUUUGUAUCCUACACAUUUUGAAGUGAUUGACGAUUCAUAUGCUUUGAUAAACAAUUAUAUAUGAUACAGUAUAUCCCUGUGAAAUAAGAUUGAAUUAAAUAAGUUGAUUUCUGCUGGC